CUCAGUUCUCGCGAGGACCCGCUCGCCAUGAGGGCCAAGAUGGCGGCGGGUACCGUGUGAGGUGGCGUGUUGCAGUAAACUUGGAGGAGACGGCGGCAGGCCCGGGGUCCAGGCGCUGGCGACGGAACCAUGCAACACGAUGAUGUGCUUUGGGAUCUUAUCGGAAACAAAAGUUUUUGUUCCUACAAAGUGAAAACUAAAACACAGAGCUUCUGUCGCAAUGAGUAUAAUAUCACAGGCCUGUGUAAUCGGUCAUCCUGUCCUUUGGCCAACAGUCAGUAUGCAACAGUCAAGGAGGAGAGAGGUCAGUGUUUCCUGUACAUGAAGACAAUAGAACGAGCUGCUUUUCCAUCUCGAUUAUGGGAGCGGGUCAAGUUAAGUAAGAAUUAUGAGAGAGCUCUGGAACAGAUUGAUGAACAUCUUAUCUACUGGCCCCGCUUUAUCAGACACAAGUGUAAGCAGCGUUUUACAAAGAUCACCCAGUACCUGAUCCGUAUCCGCAAGCUCACCCUAAAGAGACAGAGGAAGCUGGUACCUUUAAGCCAGAAGGUUGAACGGAGAGAGAGACGGAGAGAGGAAAAGGCUCUGAUUGCAGCUCAGCUGGACAACGCCAUUGAGAAGGAACUGCUGGAGCGACUCAAGCAGGGGACGUAUGAAGACAUUUACAACUUCCCUAUUCAUGCAUUCGAUAAAGCGCUGGAACAGCAGGAUGAAGAGAGUGAGACCGAUUCCUCGGAAGAAGACGAUGAGGAUGUUGGUCAAGUGGAAUAUGUGGAGGGUGAUGCAGUAGAUGAGAGUGACCUGAGUGACUUUGAGGCUAUGGACAGGCUGGAAGGAGACGAUGAGGAGCAGGAGCAAUCCAGCGCUGCAGAGGAGCCGGAGAAAGAAACUUCCACGUCGAAGGGCAAAACACCAGUCAAAGGCCCAGCCCAGAAGAAGCGACCAUACGUGGAAAUUGAAUAUGAACAGGAAACAGAACAAGCAGCCAAAGUGACUAGCUCCUGACAGCUUUGUAAUGCUGCUUGUACUGAAGCAGCGAUUAAGAAGGAUCAGGCAGUGGGUGGCAUCUUGCAACAGCUCCUCCUUCACAUGUGGUGGUGUUGGGCCCUGGUCAGUUGCCAUAUCAUAUAUGAAUUUCAGUAAGGAUUUGAGCAAGACCUCCAGCCUUAUGGACAUUCUGUCCAACACAAGAAAAAAGAAUGAUUAAGGUUGAAGUUUAACUGUCUCAACAAGAUGUACAAAUCUCAAAGGUUUGCUUUGGUUUCAGUGAUACCUGGGCCAGGCCUGUUGAAUCAUACUCUGGAAUGCUUGGAGAACACCAAGCCUGGCUGCUUCCUCUGGUCCGUCAUACACCUCAAGAUAUCCAAGAAUCACUCUUUGUAAACGCUUCAAGUGGCGAACGACCAUAAUGCCCAGCCUGGCAACAUAAACAAACAGUGUUGUUGA